GGGACAGGAUAAGAGGACAGUCUUAAGAUGUACCAGGGGAGGCAGCUGGACAUUAGGGAAGGGUGAUUAGACACUGGAAUUGGCUGCCCACGGAAGCGGUGGAGUCACGGUCCCUGGAGGUGCUGAAGCAAAGACCGGCUGUGGCGCUCAGUGCCAUGGUCCUGCUGGCACGGCGGUGUUCGGUCAUGGGUUGGGCUCGGCGAUGCCAGAGGUCUUUUCCACCCGGAUGGACUCUGGGAUGCUGCGGGGCGGCGGGGCCCUGCCCGCCGUGAGGGAGCGGGAGCGCCACGGCCCCUCAGCGCUCCGGUACCGACCCGCCGAGGAGGCGCCGGGAGCAGCCCGAGCGCGGAGCCCGCCGGAGCCAUUUCCCGCAGGCAGCGCGUCCCGCCGCCUGCCGCAGGCGGGCAAAAUGGCGGCCGUGGCUGAGGGGCGGGAAAAAGGGGCGGGCGGAGAACGGGAGCGGUGCGCCAUCCUCCUCCUCCGCUUUCUCCCACCGGCGGCUCGGCCGUGUGCUCUGCCGGCCCCUUCCCCGCUCCGAGCCCGGGCCACAGCUUUCUCUAUUGGCAUAAAGAAGAAUAUAUGUGCUGCUUCUGUGACAACUCACAAGAAAGAUGAUCCCCAGGCAGCAUUCCUGAGCCACGAGGAUGGGGCCAGAUGUACCCCUGCUCAAUGACUACAAACAGGAGUUCUUCUUGAAGCGCUUCCCUCAGACUGUGCUGGGAGGUCCCCGGUUCAAAUUAGGCUACUGUGCCCCUCCUUACAUCUAUGUGAACCAGAUCAUCCUUUUCCUGACACCAUGGGUUUGGGGAGGAGUGGGAACACUCUUGUACCAGCUGGGAGUGAUGAAGGACUACUGCACCGCAGCGCUGUCGGGAGGACUCAUGUUUGUUACUGCACUUGCUCUUCAGAUGACAAACCUCUAUGCAAAGCAGAAAACAGUGACUGUAGAAAGAAUGCAAAUUCAGAAUACCCUGACAGAUGAAGAUGAGUUUGAAUUUUCCAGCUGUGUAGGUUCAGAGACAGUAAAAUUUAUUAUUCCUGGCAAGAAGUAUAUAAUCAACACUGUAUUCCAUUCCCUUCUGGCAGGGGUGUUGUGUGGGCUGGGAACCUGGUAUUUGCUGCCAAACAGAAUAACCUUGUUAUAUAGCAACAUUGGAGGAACUGUUGUGAUCUUUGUGUUUGGAUGGGUGACCAUAUGUAUAGGAGAGUAUUCGUUAAUCAUAAACACAGCUACCGAAACAGCCACUUUCCAGGCACUGGAUACUUAUGAAAUCACUGCUCUGAUGAGACCUUUCUACAUUUUUGUCUUUAUUGCAGUGGAUCUUGCACACAGGUUUGCUCUCAACGCACCCAUUCUAGAACAGACAAACCAGAUCUUGCACAUCCUGUUUCUUUUUCUGCCAUUCCUGUGGGCAAUGGGAAUUCUGCCCCCGCUUGAUGCACUUUUUCUCUGGGGAAUGGAACAACUGUUGGAGUUUGGACUAGGAGGUUCACCUAUGUCAAGUAACACAAAGUUGUUAGUAAUGUUUCUCAUUUCUGCUGGAACAGCAAUAGCAUCGUAUUUCAUUCCCAGCCCCCUCGGUGUGAUCCUCUUCAUGACUGGAUUUGGGUUCAUACUGAGUCUUAACCUAAGCGAGAUUGGGUUUGCCUUCAAACACACCAUGAUCAGCCAUUUAGCCUCCAGCAAAUCUAAAAAUAUGCACAGAGGUCUUAGAAUACAAUUUGGGUGGAGGGAAUUUAUUUUCUAUGUGACUGUGUUGACAUUUGCUCUCACAGAAGCCAGCCUGCUGCAUCAAUUUGCAGGCUCCUCAUCAUUUUCCCAAGCCAGUCCCCAGGCCAUAGCAAGUUACAUUCUGAUCCUAUUGCUUGUAAUUAUGUGGAUUCUUAGAGAGAUUCAGAGAGUGUACUUGUUUGGAAUCUUCCGAAACCCCUUUUACCCAAAGGAUGUCAGGACUGUGGCUGUGUUCAUGGAGAAGCAAAGAAGGCUAAUGAAAGUUGGUGUUGUCAGGAGGAUUUUACUAACACUAGUAUCUCCGUUCGCUAUGAUAGCGUUCCUGUCACUUGACCAUUCACUACAAAGUCUGCAUUCCGUGUCUGUUUCCAUUGGAUUCACAAGGAUAUUUAGGAUGGUCUGGCAGAAUACAGAAAAUGCCUUACUAGACAUGGUGGUUGUGUCAGCAGCACAAAUGUUGGUGUUUAAUCCAGACCUCUGGUGGAACAGGAGCCUUGAUACAGGAAUCAAACUCUUGCUGGUUGGCCUCCUGCGGGAUCGGCUGUUCCAGUUCAUCUCCAAGCUGCACUUUGCCAUCGCCAUCCUCCUGACGUCGUGGACAGAGAAGAAGCAGCGCCGCAAAUCAAGCGCCACCCUGAUCGCGCUCAACGUCGCCUUCUUCCCCGUCCUGCUGGGCCUGGUCGCCGUCUCCGCGCUGCUUUCCUCGCCCCUGCUGCCGCUCUUCACGCUGCCCGUGUUCCUGGUGGGCUUCCCCAGGCCGCUGCGGAGCUGGCCCGGCCCCGUGGGCGGCACCGCCUGCGUGUGCUCCGACACCGUCUACUACCGGCAGCUCGUGCCCAGCCUGGCCGGAGCGCUGCAGUCCGCGCUGGCGGCGGGCGGCCUGGGUCUCUCUCUGCCUGGAUCACAUUACUUGUGUCGCUUUCAGGACAGGCUGAUGUGGAUAUUGGUGCUGGAAAAAGGCUUCACAUACUGUGGUGUUAACAUUAAGGGGCUAGAGCUGCAGGAAACAUCCUGCCAUGCUGCUGAAGCUCACAGAGUGGAUGAAAUUUUUGAAAUGGCCUUUGAACAUCAGGAGCACACAAGGAUUCUGUCUCCCAAUCCCCAUUUUGGACACAUCCUGACUCCCUGUACUGUUGUUCCUGUGCGGCUGUAUUCCGAUGCCAGGAAUGUGUUAUCUGGAAUAAUUGAUUCCCAUGAGAAUUUAAAGCACCUGAAAGAUGAUUUCGUUAAAGUGCUUGUAUGGAUGCUUGUCCAGUAUUGUUAUAAAAAAUCAAAGACGUGGGAAAGCCCAGGCAGUGCCAACAAGAACAAACAAGGAUCAUUUCUGGAACAUCAUACUGGUGCAGUAAAAGGAUCCAGGGCUCUGAGGGAAGAAGACAGCUUUAGUGUUGAUACAGUGGAGGACUGGACUGAUGAUAGUGACAUUUUUGAUUUUGAACCCAGUAGCAGAACUAGAGACAGAAAAGAACCCGGGCAGUUGGGACUGACAUCAAAAGUGCACCUGUCUAUUCCAGGGUCUGUAGAAACACAAAGCCAAGAUUUCCUACAAGAAAUGUCACCAGAAGAUAAAUUAAACAGGGCUGUGGUGCUUGGGCUGCCUGCUGUGGACAAAGGGAAACAGCCAGAAGUUUUACCUCACAUAGAAUUUAGUUGCUCUUACUCAGAGCUGCUGAGCAUCCCUGAGGAAUGGAGAACAGCGCCAGUGCCUUCUUCCAAAGUCAGUGAAAUGAGGCAGAGGUUUCCAGAGGAAUGGUACCACUUUGUUUUGAGCCAACUGGACUUUUUUCAUCUGAAGGAGAAGCCUUCCAGUUUACUCACAGACCUUAUGCAAGAUAAAGCUUUGAAGGACCUGUACAUCCACGGGGUGCUGUCAUGUUGCUUUGGUCUGUUUGGCCUGGAUAACGCCGUGCCUGCCCCAAGCCACGUGUUCAGGGCAUACACUGGUGGCAUUCCCUGGUCUGCUGGCUUGGACUGGCUAACAGGCAAACCAGAGCUCUUCCAGCUGGCAUUAAAAGCGUUCAGAUACACCUUCAAACUUAUGCUGGACAAAGCCAGCCUGGGCCCAGUAGAGAACUUUAAAGAGCUGGUGAAUUACCUGGAAGAAUACGAAAGCGAUUGGUACAUUGGGCUGGUGUCAGACCUGGAGUGGCAGCAAGCAGUUCUGCAGGAAAAGCCAUACCUGUUCUCACUGGGACAUGACCCAAGCAUGGGAAUUUACACAGGGCGAGUCCUCACUCUGCAGGAGCUGUUAGUCCAAGUGGGAAAGCUCAAUGCCGAAGCCGUCCGAGGCCAGUGGGCCAACCUGUCCUGGGAGCUGCUCUAUGCCACCAACGAUGACGAGGAGCGCUACAGCAUCCAGGCACACCCGGCCCUGCUGCGCAACCUGACCGUGCAGGCGGCCGACCCGCCCCUGGGCUACCCCGUGUACUCCUCGCAGCUCCUGCAGCUGCCUCUCUUCUAGACUGUCCUUUUUGUCAUUAUGACUGUUACUGUUUUGUCUUUUUCGUCUGCAUGUUGGGAAUCAAAUGUCCGUGCUCCCCUCAUGCGCUACAGAUCAGGUGUUACUCUCAGGGUGGUGGUGCCAGGCCAGCGCACGUCCUUGGCACAGAGAUGGUUCUGGCCAGAACCUUCAGCAGGCAGGAAGCUGGGAACUGGUUUCUUGCUUCUGGAACAUGAGACACCAUUGCCUGUGUGGCUGAUGAGCCAGAUGCUGAAAUCCUCUUCUCCAGUUUAGAGAAGAGCACCAUAAUUCUGAUCAUUACCAUAAUUCUGAUCGCUAACAUAAUUCUGAUCAUUAACUAUUUUUCGUGCAUUCUGAUUUAUUUUUACUUUUUUUUUUUUUUCUUGGACAGGUGACUUGCACUGCCAGUCAGGUUACAGCUCCUUGUAGUAUUGUCAACCCCAGAGUUGGCAACAACCAAAGUGUACAUUGGACUAUUUAUAUGGAUAUUUUUAUUCUGGCCAUUUUGUAUUGGACUGAGUUCAGUUCUAGCAUUUGUUAUAUGACUUUCACUGAUCUUCCUUUAGUAUAGUAAGUUAUCAGCCAUGCUUUAACUAAAGUAAAUU